AAACCUUGAAGAAAUAAAACUUGUUACUAAGGAAAGAGAUGGCCUCAGAAGAGUGGAGGAAACCCUCAAAAUGGAGCGAGACCAGCUCAGUGAAAGCCUGAGAGAGCUGGAAGCUAAAAAUCUGGAAAAACAAGAGGAACUAAGAAUUGCUCACAUGCAUCUGAAAGAGCACCAGGAAAUUAUUGAUCAACUCAGAGGGAUUGUUUCUGAGAAGACAGAUGAAAUAUCAAAUAUGCAGAUGGAUUUAGAAAAUUCAAAUGCUAAAUUACAAGAAAAGAUCCAAGAACUUAAGACAAAUGAACAUCAACUUUUUAAGUUAAAAGAAGAUGUCAGUGAGACACAGAAAAAAAUAUCUGAAAUAGAGAAAUUGAAGAAACAAUUCAAGACCCAAAGUUUAACUCUGGAUAAAAUGGAAAUGGAGAACUCACAGCUGGCUCAGAAACUUCAUGAAAACCUUGAAGAAAUGAAAUCUGUAAUGAAAGAAAGAGAUAGUCUAAGAGUAGUAGAAGAGAAUCUCAAACUGGAGGGAGACCAACUCAAGGCAAACCUACAAGAAACCAUAGUUAGAGAUCUAGAAACACAACAAGAACUAAAAAUUGCUCGUAUGCAUUUGAAAGAACACCAAGAAACUAUUGAUAAGUUGAGAGAAAGAGUUUCAGAAAACCAAGUCAAAUUUCAAAAAAUUCAAGAGCUGGAAACUGCACUCCAUGAAGCAAGAAAAAGUGCCAAGGACAAAAAAGAGAAGAUUAUAGAGAUGCAGAGAGAACAAGAGAUGACUAAUGAUGCCAUAGAUAAAAUGCUUUUGAAAGUUGAUGAUACAAAUAAGUACCUGAUAAAAGCAAAAGCAAUUGUCCAAAACCUUGAGGAAAAUGUUGCUUUAACAGCUAAGCUCUCUAAAGAAGUUGAAUAUCUGCAGCAAGCUGGUGAAAGUAGACUUAGAGAAGAAGAGAAAUGCCAAGAAGUUGGAGAAGGAAAGCUGCUGUCGAGGAUCAAAAGAUGCAAGGAGGUGACUGAGAUGUAA